AUGGGCCUGGAUUCAGGAAAGAUGCGCGGAGUCAAGGCGCUACUCGAUAGUGGCUGCAGUACCUGCUGCAUCGAUACCGACUACGUGCGGGCAGAGAAGCUGGAUAUUCAAGAGCUUCCCCAACCCAUUGUGGCUCGUAACGCCGACAACACCGAGAACAUCAGCAGUCGAAUUACGCAUUACGUCGACCUAAGGAUGAAAAUCGGCCCUCAUGUGGAGACACGCACGUUUCUUCUGACGUGUCUAGGGAAAGCUCGGAUCUUCAUCGGCCUUGAUUGGCUGAUGGAACACAACCCCGAGGUGGAUUGGCAGGAGCAGACAAUGAGGUUCAGCUGA